AUGCAAUAAAUCUCACCUGAAGAACAACUAACUGAUUAACAGAUUAUUAAUAUCAUGUAAUUGGGUAUUUAGAUUAAUUUAAAAUUAAUAAGAAAACUAGACUGCUUAAAAUACUUCAAAUAUAUAAGCAUUUAGAUCUAAUUAAAUAAUUGUAUAUAAGAAUCUGCGUAAUGAAGCUGUUUUUAAAUUGAUAUUUUCCUUCAUAGAACUUUUGCUAUUGUUUUUAGCCUUGGCUUUAUUACCACCACCUUGCUAAAAUACAACUUUAAGAGAAUUUUUUAUUUUUGCUAUAAUAGUUAAUGUAAUGGUACUUUACAAAUUCUAUAUAGUAAGCUUUUCAAAUGUUAUAUUUAUUAUUGAUAAUAUGGUGUGAUUUGGGAGAAAUAAACUAAAAUGAAAAUGAGAAUAGAUUACCCUAUCCUGAGUUUUCGUUCACUAAUUCUAAAUAUUUAUAGGAUGCUAUAUCAGAUUAUCAUAAUUGCUACAAGUUCAUUAAAUAUUUGACGAUUCUGUAUAAAUAUUACUAUGAAUUUAUAGAUUAGAUUUAGUGGUUUUUUUAUUCACAUAAAUAGUAAUAUUUAGGAAUUUAUAUGGAUCAUGUAAAAUUGGGAUAUCAGAAUUUGAUUUUACUUGGGGUGUGGCCUUCACUUAUUUAAUAAUGAGGUAUAUCUCUUUAGGGAUUCCUAUUUUAAUAUUUGUGAUUUACUUGCUUGUAUUACCUUUUGCUUAUUGUAUUAAUAUGCACAAUCUUUAAAAAAUUAAUAGAGUUGGGGCAAGCCAAGAAAACCUAAAGAAAUUAAAGAUUGAAAUGGUUGGAUUGGAUAAAAUAAGUGAGGAUAAUGAAUGUGUAAUAUGUCUAUAGGAAUUUAUUGAAGGGGAAGAGUUUGUAAGAUUAGAUUGUCACAGUUAUCAUGUUUAUCAUAAGAUUUGUAUUGCUGAUUGGUUGAAAGCUCGAUUAGAAUGUCCAAAAUGUAGAUAACCUGUAAAAUUUGACUGA